AUGAUUUUAAGAAUAAGAAAUAUUUAUAGGUUUUGUAGCAACAACAACUCAAAUUAUCAUAAGAUUGUUGGCUCAUUGCCAGGAUAGAACAACAAAGACAUAAAGGAGAAUUUAGAAAAGUUUUCAAGAAUUUAUUAAAAAGUUGAUUUUAAACAAUUGCAGAGAGAAUAGAUUGAUGAAUAACAAAAGAAAUUUAUGUUGCAGAAUUAAGAGGCAUAUCAAUUUGGUGAAUCGAUUCAAGUUGGUGAAAAGGGGAAAAUUGGAUAGAGCAACUAUUUGAAAUUGAUGGGUGUAUUUUUUUUGGGGAUGUUCAUAUAUUUGGGGAAAGAAACUUAUAAAUUCUUUACGAACCCUAGAAAUGUAUUGCUAUAUGAUGAGAGCACUGGAAAAACAUACUACACUACUAAGGAAGAAUUCGAGAAAAUUAAGGCUGAGUAGAAAAGAAAUAAGGAAUUCAAAGAGUUCAGGUUUAAGGUGUUGUCCAAGCAACAAGAUCAGAGGGAGUAAAAAGGAAGCACAGAUUCAUUAUUUUGA